AUGAAAGCAGCGGACACAUACGAUGAAUUUAAGAAACUUAUGAUAAAACGAUUCGAGAGGGUUCCAUACUCAUUAAGAUUGCAGAAAUUUCAUGCCUGUGUGCAAGCACGGGAUGAAGACGUUCAAACAUACGCCGUGCGCUUGCAAACUUUAGCCUCCGAAACUGUUAUAGAACAUAAAAGUGAGGACCCUGGAGAGGCAGCAAUCAUAAAACGAUGUCAACAAAAAGAAGCAGAUGAACGAUUGAGGGUACAAUUUCUUAGCGGGCUAAAUGAUCGCUUAAAAAGACCGGUAAUGUCGAGGGAACCGGACACAUUUGAUAAGGCAGUACGCGUUGCUAUCAGCGAAGAAACUAUCGAGCAAUUAACAGGAAGAUCCCUAGGGAUAGUCCGAAAUAUAAACAAUCCCAAUGAUAAUCAGGAAGAAGCUAGUGUUAUAAAUCAAAAUGAAUUAGAAGCAACCUUAGAGAAAAUCCAAGAACAAUUAAAACAAUUAGGAACUUCACGUGGUCGAGGAAUUCCGCGACGUAACCCCUCACCAUUUUGGCGUCCUCGAAAUUAUCUAGAUUCACAAACACAAUAUCAACCCCAAAGAAGACUGGGCGACGUCUCCCGAGACUCCCGAGGGCUACGAGAUACAUAUUCCGAUAGAAGUGUGGACGAAACAAUCAGGCAGUUACAAGAGCAAUUAGACGAACUAAAGCGGCAAAGAAGUCACACAGAAUUCCCCAGGCAGCGAGGAAACAGCUAUAGGAACGCAUUCGAGGACCCGAGAAACAUAAUAGGCGGCGAAUUGCCAAAGCCGUCGGUUCCCGAGCUCUCCGUCACCCUAAACAGAUUCUUGGAAGGAAUCAAAGCAAUUGUUUCCGGUGACAAAUACGAGGAUGCUCGUACAUUGGUCGAAGAAUAUCAAACGUCGGGCGAAAUGCAAAACCUGCAGAGGUUCCUGAAGGAAUAUGCAAAAAGCCACGAAAAUUACGUAACCGAGUUGUGGCUGAACGAUAUGUAUUUAAAAAAUCCUUUGCCACUGCCCAUCAACUCUAAUCCAUUUUUCCUGCUGCCGAAGCGAGAAUUCAAAACGGAUGACGACAGAUUUCGAUUUAUUGCGAAAUUUAUCAUCUUUUCGCUUAUGUUCAAGCAAAGAGUUGACAUCGGAGAAUUAAAGCAAGAAUUUUCUGGGGGACAAAGGAAAGGGAAUGCGCUUUCCAUGGCUACGUAUCAUCACUUUUUCACGGCUUACAGAAGACCAGGCGCGACUAAAGACCAGCACGUUUUUAGUGAAGGCGGCAGCAGACAUAUCAUUGUGAUCUGCAACAAUCAGUUAUUUGUGUUGAUGAUACCCGGUAGAAUAGCUCUUCCAAGUGAAAAAGCGCUGGUAGAAAAGCUUAAGAAAAUCGAUACUCUCAGUAAGUUGGAGCCACACUAUCCGCCAGUGGGUAUUCUCACGGCUCUCAAUCGAAAACAAUGGGCGAGGAUAAGAGAACGAAUGAUCGAAAACGAAAAUAAUAAAGAAUCCAUUCGGAUAAUUGAAAAUUGUCUGUUUGUGGUGUGCAUGGACGAAUCGAACGAAGGGGCGAGGAAACAAACGACAUCGAAGAGCUUUUCGGACGGGAGUUUGGAAGAGAUGGCCCACCACAUCCUUCACGGCAAUAAAAGCGAACAUUCCACCGGUAACAGAUGGUUCGAUAAAUUUAUUCAGUUUAUCGUGACCAAAAAUGGCGUGAACGGAAUUGUGAUCGAACAUUCGGUGUCAGAAGGGCUUACAGUUUUAAGAUUCUGCGAAAAAUUUCUGGAUUUCGUGAAAAGAGAUCAGCCGAACAGAUCGUCCGACGAUCUACUGACAGUCAGAAGACUCAUCUGGGACCUCGACGAAACUGUCGAAGAAGAGAUCAAAAAUGCAUCGGCCGUCACAGACGCAUUAAUCGACACGCUGGAACUCAAUGUUUUUAUAUUUGACAAAUACGGCAAAGGUUUUCCGAAGAAACAAAAAAUCAGUCCGGAUGUGUUCGUUCAGUUGUGUUUGCAGUUGACAUACUACAGAACGCACAUCGUAAUGACGGCCACUUACGAAAGUGGAGCUUUGAGGAAAUUCAGAUUCGGUCGCAUCGACAACAUCCGCGCUUCCAGCCAACAGGCGUUGGAUUUCUCAAGAUCUAUGUUACAUUCUUCCGUGAGUCAGACCGAAAAAUGAUAUAAAUUCCGAAAAGCCGUUAAAAAACAAACCGAAAUCCUUCUCUACACAAUCAACGGAGAAGGACCGGAUAACCAUCUUUUGUGCUUAAAGGAAAUGGCUGCUCUGCACGGCUUACAAGAGCCGGCACUUUAUCAAACAGAUUAUUACAAAGAGUUCCUGAAUUUCCGCUUAUCGACCAGUCAGCUUCCCACGACCUACGACAUCGUAGUUGGAUACGGUCCCGUGGUGCCCGACGGAUACGGAUGUUCGUACAAUCCACAGGAGAAUCGUAUCUUCUUUUGCAUUUCUUCGUUUAAAGACGUCUCUACCACGGACUCGGAGAGGUUUGCACGGAAUCUGCGAGACAGUUUGAUGAAAUUGAAGGAGCUUUGUGAGAGUGGGGAGACUGCAGUUUCCACCAGCUCACCGACAAAGGCUGCAGUUAAAGCGGAAGCAAAGUAA